GAAAAGAGACCGAACCUGGAGUUGAUGUCAUGUUUAUAAUUGUGCGAAGAAAUAAUUCAUUAUCGAAAUGAAAGCUAUAGUCCAGAAAGUCACGGAAGCCUCCGUCACAGUUGGUGAACGAUGUACAGGGUCAAUUGGUCGAGGAAUGUGUGUGUUGAUUGGGAUUUCUGCUAAAGAUAGCGAUAGGGAGAUCGAAUGGAUGGCAAACAAGCUGAUAAAGUUGAGGAUAUUUAACAACCCUGAAACAGAUAAACCCUGGGAUGGAGACUUGCUGCAGUGUAAAUUAGCGAUACUCGUCGUCAGUCAGUUCACCCUACAAUGUGUGGUUAAUAAGGGAACAAGACCAGAUUUUCACCAGGCUUUGAAAUCCGAGCAAAGCCUACCAAUGUUUAAUAAAUUUCUGGAUGUUCUCAGAUCGAAGAUUCCAAACGCCGAAAAUCUUGUCCAAGUGGGCGAGUUCGGAGCGUUUAUGCAAGUGCACAUUCAGAAUGAUGGACCGGUUACUAUACCGAUAGAAUCACCAGAGAGCAUAUAGACGCGGUAAAGAUAAUUUACCAACCCAGCUAGAUUGUGCAAUGUGCAACAAAGAUCGUGUUAAAAGGAGAACAAAC